AUGGCUGCUACAAGUACCGACAGGAUUACUCCUGUAUCUGGGGUAGCCUCCCCGGUGAGUCCAGCCUCCUCAACCGGUCAGAUACCCUUGGAUCAACCUCCGAAACUCAAAGGACGACAUAAACUGCUGCAAAGCCUCCAACGCAUCUCAUCAAGCCCAAGUCUGAAACGGGGCCGCUCCCAUUCUACGGGCUACCGCCGAGAUGGAAAGGCUUCAUUGUCCUGUGUCUCGCUUGGACAUUCGGCAUAUGCUCCUUGUCUCGGUAACGGAAGCUCGUCGCAACUCUAUGGUGGAUUGAAUGUGCGCCCGAUGACUUCUGGUCAGGCUGGCCUAGCAGAAGAACAUGAGGGAAAUGCUCGAAUACGCCUUGUUGGGUCCGACUCACCAAAUGCCGCUCAAUCAAGAUCAGUCCCCCUGCCAACCGAGCUGAGACCAGGGCCCCUUGGAUCACCUCUAGGAAGUACCGAUGCGAUCCAGGAAACCGCUGUCGUCCAGCCCGCAUCGAACCCCAAGAAGGCCUUUGACUUCUGGGGAAGCAUGCCCGGAGAGCUCAGAAUGCUAAUUUUUAGCUAUCUGACCCCCCGGGAAAUUGUCCGCUGCUCUGUUGUCUCCAAAGCCUGGAACAAGAUGUGCUUUGAUGGGCAGUUGUGGUCUGCAAUUGACACAACAGAUUACUAUCGCGAUAUUCCUAGUGACGGUCUCGUGAAGAUCAUCGCAUCCGGCGGUCCAUUCGUCCGGGAUCUUAACCUCCGCGGUUGCGUUCAGUUACGAGACAAAUGGAAAUCGGAAGGCAAGCGCAUCACCGACCUGUGCCGGAACGUUGUUAAUUUCUCCCUGGAGGGAUGCCGCAUUGAUAAGACCUCCAUGCACUACUUCCUUUUACGAAAUCCUCGUUUGGAGUAUAUCAAUGUCUCGGGAUUGAGCAGUGUAACGAAUUCGGCCAUGAAAAUUAUUGCUCAGUCAUGCCCACAGCUUGAAAUUCUGAAUGUAUCAUGGUGCUCGGGCGUUAAUGCAAAUGGGUUGAAGAGAAUCAUUAAGGAAUGCCCGAAGUUGAAAGACCUGGGGGCCAGCGAAAUUCGCGGGUUCGACGAUGAGGAGUUUGCGCUGGAAUUAUUCAAACGAAAUACCUUGGAACGCCUGAUUAUCAGUCGCACAGAUAUUACUGAUGAAUGUUUGAAGAUUCUCGUGCAUGGCGUUGAUCCCGAAAUGGAUGUGCUUCUCGACCGGCCCAUUGUACCUCCUCGGCGAUUGAAACACCUGGAUCUGCACCAAUGUCCUGAACUGACGGAUAAUGGAGUGAAGAGUCUCGCUUACAAUGUUCCCUACCUCGAGGGCCUGCAGCUUUCCCAGUGCCCCGAGCUUAGUGACGACUCUGUUAUCGCUGUUAUCCGUACCACACCUCGCCUAACCCAUCUCGAGAUUGAGGACAUAGAAAGGCUCACCAACAGCACCCUCCUAGAAAUUGCAAAGGCGCCAUGCGCCGAACACCUCGAGCACCUCAACAUUAGUUACUGUGAAGCUCUCGGUGACCCCGGGAUGCUUCAAGUUAUGAAGAACUGCCAUUCUCUCCGCUCUGUUGAGAUGGAUAACACCCGGGUUUCUGACCUUACUUUGAUGGAAGCCAGCUACCGUGUCCGCAGGCGAGGUUACAGUGAGGAUCUACCUUGUGUUGGCUUGCGUUUGGUUGUCUUCGACUGUGCCAACGUUACUUGGGCUGGUGUAAAAGAGGUUCUUUCGAGCAAUGCCUAUGUCCCACGUUCUCGCAAGUCGCUACAAGCUACACCAGCUAUAUCGGUUGUAGCGCAGGCCGUCAUACCGAACGAAGCAACAGAUAUGAAGACAGUAAUUACAUCCUCUAUCACACCCCCGCCACAGCCUUCGGUAUACCCCAACGAGAUCAUUCAGCUCAAGUGUUUCUAUGGCUGGCAGAUGACUGUGAACGAGCACAACAAGCGAGUCUUGAGAGGGGAUCUUGCUGCCGCAAACCGUCUAGAUCGGAAAUGGGCUGAUUACAUGAUGGCCACAGAAGAAGCAGGCGCAGCAGGGGCUGGUGCCAGAAGAAGACGGCGUCGGGCUCGUGAAGCCGAGAGAAUCUACAACGCUGACGACGAAGGUGAUGAUGCCUAUGGUGUCGGGGGCAUCUCCGCCCUUGGGGGGAGACGCAGGAGAGCACACAGUGGUGGUUCCUGUCUUGUCAUGUGA